AUGAGGUCCCUCACAACCAUCCUCGCGGCUUUCGGAGCUACUAUAGGCCUCGUUGCGGCACAAGUCGGCCCUCUCGACGAAGACGGAAGACCAACAACCUACACCGCAUACACCUUCGACCAGCUUAUUGACCAUUUUCAAACCAGCUCUCGAUAUGCGCCAAACACAAAUGCCACCUUCAAGCAGAGGUAUUAUUUUGACGACACUUACUACAAGCCAGGAGGUCCCGUAUUUCUCUAUAUCAGUGGCGAAACAAGCGGACCAUCGCGCUUUUCAAAUCUUCAGACUGGGAUCAUCCAGAUUCUGAUGAAUGCAACUGGCGGGUUGGGUGUCAUUCUUGAGAAUAGAUACUAUGGCCAAAGCUAUCCAUUUCCGAACUCGACAACUGACAACCUGCGAUUUCUCACCACUGAGCAGACUAUUGCCGACAAUGCUUACUUUGCUCAACAUGCUACCUUUCCCAACAUUACGGGGGGUAACAAUUUGACAGCCCCUGGCCACCCGUGGAUCUUGUACGGGGGCAGUCUUGCCGGUGCUCAAACGGCAUUUUCACUGGUCCAGUACCAAGGAUUGCUAUGGGGUGGUAUUGCUGCUUCGGGCGUCGUUCACGCCGUCCUUGGCUACCCUGAAUGGUAUAAUCCGAUACAAGAGAACGGGCCCCCAGAUUGUAUCUCCCGAAUCAACAACAUCAUCGACAAGAUAGACUUCCUGAUUGAGCAGAAUAACACGGAGGCGAUCCAACAACUGAAGAACAUCUUUGGACUCGGAUCUUUGAGUGAUCUCAGGGAUUUCGCAAUGACCAUUGCCUUUCCCCUGGGCGGGCCAAUGAAUUACCCCACCAACACCUGGCAAGAGCUCAACUGGUUCCCGGCCUAUGAUAGUCCGGAUUUCUUCCAGUUUUGCAACAACAUCACCGACAUGGAUGCCCCAGCAAAUAUCGCCUCGGUUGAUAUGCAGUUGGCGAACUACACGAAUGGCUCAGCCUGGACUGGUCUAGGGGCCUAUGCGAAUUAUGUCAAAGAAGUAAUUGUUUCGACCUGUGACAGCCCAGAUCUGAUUGAUACGACGGAAUGCUUCUCGACACAAAAUGAAACAUUCUACGCCGAUCCCACCAAUUCAGCCAGUCGAUCCUAUCUCUACAGCACGUGCAUAGAACAAGGGGCAUAUCAACUUCCGCAGCCGCAUGGAAAGCCCUCCCUUCUCUCUCGCGUUAUUGGGCUCGACUACACCCAGCAAUGGUGCACAUGGGCUUUCCCGCCAGGCCCACUCUCGCCCCAAGCUGUGCCAUCUCCGGACGGGCCAAACCUGACAUGGUACAAUAACUAUGGCGACUUCAAUAUUUCAGCGCCGAGAUUGGCACUGAUUGAUGGUGGAAGCGAUGUGUGGCGGGAUGUAUGCUACCAUGGCCGCAACGCCAGUACGCGGUAUGGGCCCAAUCAGAUGCUCAUCACCGGAGGCGGCCACCACUGGGACAGCUCGGGAAUAUUGAAUAUCAGUGCAGAACCAGACUUCAUUAAAGCUGCGCAUGAGUGGGAGAUCCGUCAAGUAGUGGGAUGGUUGGAUGAAUGGGAUUUGACGCAUGACAAAAAGGUUAGAAAGAGGGAUGAGCUGUAA